AUCCGCUGAUAUUUUCGCCGGGGAUGAGUAGCAAACACUUGCAGAUUCUAGCUAGUUUAAGCUAGUUUCAUUUCAGUGUGUUGUUCACAGCCGGGCGUAUUGACGCGAGCCAAAGCUAAGCUGAGCAACAACACCCCACGAAUGAUCUAUAAAAAACGGCACACGCACAGCAACUGGAAGCCAAGAACACAAAAAAGGCCAAGAAAAUCAACCACCCUUCCCUGCCCUUUAGGCUUUAGCUAGCAGAUUGGCCUCGAUCGACGACGUCAUCAGGAUGACUUGCCAAGGACAAGCAGCGGCGCCCCUCGGCCUGGGAGACGCGGACGAUGGCGCCGGCGGCACGAAGGCCGCGGCACACUUCGUGUUCGUCCCGCUCAACGAGCGCGGCCACCUGAUCCCAGCCGUCGACACCGCGCUGCUGCUGGCCACCCACGGCGCGGUCUGCACCAUUGUCGGGCCCCCGUCAACGACCUCGAAGGUGCGCCAGACCGUCGAGUCCGCCCAGCAGUCCGGGUUGCCGGUCCGGCUCGUCGACUUUCCCCUCGACUACGCCGCGGCCGGCUUGCCGGAAGGGGCGGACGACGCGGACCGCAUUGAGCCCAUGUACAUGAUGAACUACUACCGCGCGGUGGCGCUCCUCCGCGCGCCGAUCGAGCGCUACCUCCGCGCGCACGACCCGUACCCAACCUGCGUCGUCAACGACGUCUUCAACCCCUGGGCCACGGAGCUGGCCGCCGGUCUCGGGGUCCCGCGGCUCAGCUUCUUCAGCAUCUGCGCCUUCACCAUCCUGUGCCAGCACAACCUCGAGAGGUUCCACGCGUACGACGGCGUCGAGGACAGCAACGCGCCGGUCGUCGUGCCGGGCCUCGAGAGGAAGGUCGUGGUGACGAGGGCGCAGGCGCCGGGCUUCCUCCGCGGGAUCCCGAUCCCCGAGUGGGUGGAGCUGGCGGACUACAUCGAGCGCGCGCGCGCCGAGGCCGACGGCGUCAUCGUGAACACGGUCCUGGAGAUGGAGCCGGAGUACGUCGCCGCCUACGCGGAGGCUCGGGGGAUGAAGGUCUGGACCGUCGGUCCGGUGUCGUUGUACCAUCACGGCGCCGCGACGCUGGCGUCGAGGGGGGACCGCGCCCCCGCCAUCGGCGCCGCGGAGUGCCUCCGGUGGCUCGACGGCAAGGAGCCCGGCUCCGUCGUGUACGUCAGCUUCGGGAGCAUCGCGCAGGCGAGCCCGAAGCAGCUCGUCGAGCUCGGCCUCGGGCUGGAGGCGUCGGGCCACCCCUUCAUCUGGGUGGUCCGGAACGCCGGCGGGUACGACGAGACGGUGCGCGCCUUCCUGGGGGAGCUGGAGGCGCGCGUCGCGGGGCGCGGCCUGCUCGUCAGGGGGUGGGCGCCCCAGGCGGCGAUCCUGUCCCACGCCGCGGUGGGCGGGUUCGUGUCGCACUGCGGGUGGAACUCGACGCUGGAGGCCAUCGCGGCCGGGCUGCCGCUGGUGACGUGGCCGCACUUCACGGACCAGUUCCUGAACGAGAAGAUGGCCGUGGAGGUGCUGGACAUCGGCGUCAGCGUCGGGGUCAAGGAGCCCUUGAUGUUCCAGGCCAGGAACGAGAUUCUGGUGGGGCGGGGCGUGGUGGAGAAGGCCGUGAGGGACAUCAUGGGCGGCGGGGAGGAGGCCGAGAGGAGGCGGCAGAGGGCGCGCGAGCUCGCCGCCAAGGCGAGGGCGGCCGUGCAGGAGGGCGGGUCGUCGCACGCCAACCUGCUGGAUCUGGUCAAGCGUUUCGAGAAGGGCGCCAGCCGCGCCGCGUGACAAGUUUAGCGCAGCAUGAGUAACCGGAAAGGUGGUGUGUGCCACCAUCACCAUCAGAGACGAGAACUUGGACAAUUGUUGGUGUCAGCAAAUUAAAUCCGAAUUGUUUGCUUCUGUUUCGUUGUUAUAUGCUUCUGAACUGACAAAAUUGAUACCCCGUGAACACAUCCUAUCCUUAAGAACA